AUGAGGUUCGCAGACUUUUGUAGUACCCCACCUUGGCGUGUUUGUUCGACUUCUCUAUUACAAACAACACAGUUCGAUUGCGGGGGAGGUUCCAAGGCACGUCUUCUCCUCGGUCCAGAUCCGCCAGAGCUUCCAAAUAGCAUGCGAGUGACAUUUUCAGGGCUCACAUCCAGCAGAGUCUCGAUGGGAGAUCCUGUCUACCCUCGACUGCUGGUUAAUCCGGAUAAAAACCUAGUCGCAGUUAUCGGUCAAGAUGCCAUAGAUAGGCCCGGCUUCGUUUUCGUCGGAUCUGCCAACGGCGAGACUGUAGUCGGACAGAAUUUGUCCUUGUCGUUCAUUGUUUUGUUAGCUAUUGCUACCGUUUGGAUCGACAUAGGUCACCAACCACAUCCGGAAGGCUUCCUGGUCCAUCUCUUCCCUGAAUCAAACGUCUUCAGGGCGGCGCAGUGUACCUAUUCGCCUGUACGGCGGGCAUUAGUGGCAAUCAUCAGACAAAUGCAAUUUAGUGGUUACCGGCAGAAUAGAGCUCUACGUACCCCAGCUGAUGACUAUAGGAUCAUCGUCCAAACACCCCAUGCUGAGUCUCGGAUAGAGCAAACGAUGCUUGUUAUUGAGCAAGACAUCAAUCCGAUGGAUAGCGUUAUCUCUUCAGCAGAUGCGUUUUGGCGUGAAAGGACCCGGUUCCACACCAUUAUCGCUCUCACUCCAAGUAAGAUGGUUAUAUGUAAGAUGGUGAGAGCUAUGGCUUGUUCGAUCUGUCUGUUUGGAUUCAGAGCCAGAUUGAAGGGGGAAGAGGCUCUCAUGUCCGGUGUCCGAAUACCACCAAGGGCUUUUGUGCGUCUAUCGUGGGUUUUAGUUGCUAGGAUCUCUUUUGUCGCCAGGACUGAUGCUGUUGAAGAAGGGAUAAUAGAGAAGGAAGGAGGUCUGGUCUACGGGGCGAGAUGGAGUUUAUAUAGUCAGGUCCAGAACUACCUAGGUGAGUAUUCAAUGGGUGCAGUGAUAGAGAUAGUAGUUUAA